AGGGGCGUCCGCCGAAAGUGGCGGUUUACUUGAGGUGGUUUCCUUAGUGUCCAGCAUAGUUUGACUCUCCGGCCGAGCUCAGGACUCGUACUGCACCAGUGCUAUCUGGGCUGGAGUGGGCUCCCGCGUCCUCUGAAGCAGGCUUUUAUCUGGCCCAGAACUUGCGGGUUCAACGUUUCUUUCCAUAUCCGGAUACCGAUUACGGUAUUUGGACUCUGCCUCAGACCCAGAAGUCACAGAUGCAAGGACGUAUGGCUCCCCUCAAGAAAUCUCAAAAUUCCACAAAGUUACCCCUGGCUUUAAACCCCACGAAGAGCAAGGACGUGUUAGCAGUGCUGGCCGAGAGGAAUCAAGCUGUAAUCCCAGUUGGGGUAUGGGUGGAACCUGCCUCCCCAAAUAAUUUGGAAAUCCCAGCAUCUACUUCAGCACAUAUGAUUGAAGAAGAACUAAAGGAACAACUAAGAAAAAAACAAGAAGCUUUGAAACAUUUUCAGAGACAAGUCAAACACCGAGUCAAUCAACAAAUUAGACUGAAAAAACAGCAACAGCUUCAGAAGUCUUUUGAAGCAGCAGAAAAAGAAGGCUCUAUAGCCAUGCAAUCUUCAGAUCCAGCACACUUCACUCCUAAAGGGACAAGUAUUUUUCCAAGCAAUUUGAAUGCUGCAGUUGGAAGUUCUGGGUUACCUGCUUCCCAGAUGUUUGGGAGUGCAAUAAAAGAUGGAGAGAAUCAGAAUGAAUUAUUCCAACAACAAGCCCAAGCUCUUAGUCAAACCAUGAAACAAGUACGUCACCGGCUGGCAUCCCAUAAAACUGUGAGUAAAAAAAAGUCAUCACUGUUUCCAGAUGGUAUGAGGAAAAGCUUUUCUACCCAACAGGAAUCUGACAGUGAGGAAGUAUUAUCUAUUAUAACAAAUGAGAAAGGGAGAGACGAUUUAUUUUGGGGAGACAAGCAGAGUCUCUUUUCUGAAGACAAUGAUAAGCCUUUUAGCAGAGUUCAGAAAGUAAAAUUCAAAAAUCCAUUAUUUGUUGUCAUAGAAGAGAAAGAACAAAAGCAGUCACAUUUUCAGGGCCUUGAAGCCCAGGAUUAUCCUCUGGAAACCAAAGGUGAUUUGAUAGAAGUUCAGAGUAUUGAGCCUGAAAAGAGUAUUGAGCCAGAUGUCCAGGCUGUUGAUCUGGAGGUUCAAGCUAUUGAGCCAGAAUGCCAAGCCAUUGAACCAGAAGUCCAGGCUUUUAAGACAGAAACUUGGAAUAUUAUGAUAAAAGCCAGUAGUAGCACUGAGAUAGAAGAUAGGAAUACUGAGUUGAAAGCACAGGAUUUUCUAUCCGAAAACCAGGCCUUUCUGCCCAAAUGUGAGGACCAAGAUUCUCUACCCCAAAACCCCUAUGUUCUCCCUAAAGACCAGAAUAUUCUACCCAAAUAUCAGGACCAGAAUUUUCUGCAUAAAGACCAGGAUUUUCUACCCAGAGACCAGGAUAUUCUACCCAAAUGUCAGGACCAAGACUUUCUACCUGAUAAAGACCAGGAUUUUCUAUCUAGAAACCAGCAUGUGUUCCCUGAAGACCAGAAUAUUCUAUACAAAUAUCAGGACCAAGAUUUUCUACAUGAUGACCAGGAUUUUCUAUGUAGAGACCAGUGUGUUCUUCCCAAAGACCAGAAUAUUCUUCUCAAAUGCCAGGACCAGGAUUUUCUCCCUAAAGAUCAGUACAUUCUCCUCUCAGAUGAGAAUCUUCUAUACAAAUGUCAGGAGCAGGAUUUUCCACUCAAAGAUCAGGAAAAGUAUAUCUGGCAGCCAUCAUUGGCUUUGACAGUUGAAAGAUGGAAAAAGGAGUGGCCCACAAGAACAGAACCAUAUCUUUCACAUAGGUUCCAAGGCCAGCCCUCUACUGGGGAUCAGUCAGAGCAAAAGGAGGAAGAGGAUCAACAGGAAAAAGUACAUUUUCUGGAGCCAUUUUCUGAUGAGGAAGGGAGAGAAGACUUUUCUCUGGUGGGUUAUCAGUGUCUGCCUCCCCAAACCCAAUUCCAGGACCUCAUCAGAGAGCAGCACAGUAACUAUGGGCAAGCAUCACAUGAUAUGACAGAUGAGAAAUGGAGAAGAGAGUUGCUUCCAGAGUACCACAGAUAUGGUUUACAUAAAAUCCAGGAUCCUGGCUCUGCCAGAGAUCAGAGCUUAUACUUUAGGCAGCAGCCAUCUGUUGGAACAGCUGAAAGAUGCCAAGAGGACUUGCUUCUGAAUCACCAUCAGCAUCUUCCACCCAAGCAUCAGAGAGACACUUGCAGCAGACGACAGGUUUAUAAUGAUUAUCAGUCAGGACUAAACAAUGAAUUCCAAACUCCAUUGGCAUUUCAGUCUGGAGUAGAUAAAGAGGAAGACAAGAAAGAGCGUCAAAAGCAGUACCUGAGACACAGAAGACUUUUCAUGGAUAUUGAGAGAGAACAAGUAAAAGAACAAAAAAGACAAAAGGAACAAAAGAAGAAAAUUGAAAACCUUUGUAGGAUGUCUUCCAGAUUUUUACUUAUACCUUGUUAAUCUAACAAAAUGGAAGACUGAUUACCCUGGAGUUCAUGGCCUGCCACAAAUGGAUGAAAACCCAGAAUUCUCAGUAGUCCAUGCUUCAUU